GCUCGAAGCUUCAGCCGUCGGCCGACAGCGCCUCCGACAGCCAGGCGCCGAUGGAGGACUCGACCCGCGACGGCGACAGCGCCCCAGCGCGGGCAUGCGCCCGGGGAUGUCGGUUGCCGUCGCGGCCAACGACUCCGUGCUCUGGCUGGAUGACCCCGAGUCCAUGCGCGAGAAGCAGCGCAGCCUCAGGGCGGCCCGGGACGCGCUCAAGCGCGAGGGGCUUGCGCUCCGCGCCGAGCUGCGGGGCAGAGAGGCGCAGAGCCUGAUGAAGGACGGCCUGCUGCACGAGAAUGCUGUCUACGCAGAUCUCGGGCCCCGGCAGCGGCGGCGAGAGGUUCGACCAGUUGCGGGAGGACCUGCAGGUGUGCCUGCAGCUGAAGCGCGCGGUGCACGAGGCGCGGGGCUGCCUCGACGGCGUUGAGCAGAGGGAGGCGGAUUGCAAGGAGGAGCUCAAGGGCGGCGCCGACAAAGUCAGAGACCUGGAGAGAGCCAUCGAAGAGGCCAAGAAGCAUGCGAAGGCAAAGGCAGACGCGUGGGUGGAAGUCAACUCUGGUGACAAGGAAGGGACGACGGAGUGCUUCGCGCAGUCGCAGCGGGACCAGAGGGUGGCCGGGCGGCUGCAGGAGCCAGUUGCAGGAGGCGGAGAGUGGGGCCAGCAGGGCUCAGCAGGACAUGAACAGGACCCGAUAAGCAGGGACAUUGCCAAGCUCGAGGGCGAAACAAAAAGCGCGCGGGCCAAGAUGGACCAGCUGAAAGACAGACUCCAGGUGGCGUCAGCGCAAAUCGCCGAGCUGCCGGGGGCGCUGCAGGCCGAGGGCGAGCGGGCGCAGCUCGCCUCGGAGCGCAGGGCUCUCGAGGAGGACGGGGGGCUGACACACUUGGUGAAACUGGCGGCUCAGGGCCAGGGCCAGAUCCCGCCACUGGCAUCGCCAACUCUGGAGAAGCAGGCUGCGUCGCAGCCUCGAGAGCACCCCGAGAGGGGAUACAUGUUUCAGCCAAUCGUGUCGGCCGAGAAUUCGUGCCUAUUGGCCAAGAGCGCCGAUGCGAGCUGA